ACAAGAUAAUCUGAAUUUCUGAUUUGUUCCCUCCCACCGGAAAAUUAUCUAAUGCCUCGCCUUCUAAUCAACCGUUCAUUAAUCACACCGCCAUGUUCAAUUGCACACUCCGCGCGGUCGUUUUGCCCUCUCGCCUCCUUAGGUCUCAGCCGGCCGCCGCUGCACCGGGUAAUUACAACCACCUCUUGCGGCGGCAAUAGCAGCGGUGGUGGUGGAAACAGAACGAUUAUAUGCAUGGCAAACCCUAGGAGAGUGAAAAUGGUGUCGAAGCAAAUACAGAGAGAGCUCUCCGAUAUGUUGCUCACCGAUAAGGUUUUGCAGUUUGCUGUGUUGCCCGAGGCGGCGUUGGGUGCGGAUCGGUACCUCUCGUCUCUUACUACAAUCAGUGAUGUUGAAGUUUCUACCGAUUUGCAGGUUGUUAAAGUGUAUGUAUCUGUUUUCGGAGAUGAAAGAGGAAAAGAAGUUGCCCUAGCAGGGCUGAAGUCGAAAGCAAAAUAUGUCCGCAGUGAGUUGGGCAAGCGUAUGAAGUUGCGGAUUACUCCCGAAGUUCGUUUCCUAGAAGACGAGUCUAUAGAACGAGGAAGCAGGGUAAUAGCUAUAUUAGAUAAAAUAAAGGACGAGAAUGAGAAAAAAUCACCGGAAGACGAAGAUGAAGAUUCCGGAGAGUUUGUCGAGGGUAGCAACGAGGAUGUGGAGUGGGAGGGCGAAGAUGUUGAUGAUGAAGAAGGCAUCAUUUAUGUUAACUAGUUUUGGUCUAACACGUCAGUAGUAAUGGAGAUUGCAAUGUACGGGCAGGGGAUUUUCGUCAUCACUGGUUGGAUAUUUGCAUUCAAAUUUCGGGGAAAUCCUGCUUCUGCGUUGUUUGAGGGACCUCAACUGCCCAAGGUUCAAUGUUCUGCUUUGCCUGACAAAAAUAUUGAAUUUUGUUUUCCUAGUUAUAGGAUUGCUAAGCAAACAAAUCGUAAACUCAGGACGAAUGGCAGUACAUUAUAAUCGAGUAUCUGUAAUUUAUUUUAUCGAUUAUUGAAAAAAAGGAAGGAAUUAGAGGUUAAUUACUUUUCUUG